AGCACACCCCCUGCCCGCCCCUGCCUACGGUUGCUAUGUAAGGGAGCAGGGAAGGGACUGGGGCAGCACUAGAGACCUGCAAGCCCGAGCUGUUUCCUAAAUACGGGAUUAACUGCCUGCUCAACCCAUCGAUCCACUGCUGUUUCAUUGACACCCGACAAGAUGUCCCAGAGUAAAGGCAUGGUGGUCCUUGCAUACAGUGGGGGGCUGGACACGUCCUGCAUUCUCGUGUGGCUGAAGGAGCAGGGUUAUGAUGUUAUCGCUUACCUGGCAAAUAUUGGGCAGAAUGAAGAUUUUGAGGCGGCCCGGAAAAAGGCUGUGAAUCUUGGUGCAAAAAAGGUGUAUAUAGAAGACAUGAGACAGCAGUUUGUUGAAGAAUAUAUCUGGCCGGCAGUACAGGCCAAUGCUAUUUAUGAGGAUCGCUAUCUACUGGGCACCUCACUGGCACGUCCCUGUAUUGCCAAAAAGCAAGUGGAAAUUGCCAAGAAAGAAGCAGCAGAGUAUGUGUCCCACGGUGCCACCGGAAAGGGAAAUGAUCAGAUUCGUUUCGAACUCACAUGUUACGCGCUGUACCCCGAAGUCAAGAUCAUUGCUCCAUGGAGGAUGCCCGAGUUCUAUAACCGAUUCCGAGGGCGCAGUGACCUGAUGGAGUAUGCCAAGAAACACAACAUCCCUGUCCCAGUGACCCCCAAGGACCCUUGGAGUAUGGACGAGAACAUCAUGCACAUCAGUUACGAGGGUGGAAUUCUAGAAAACCCCAAGAACCAUGCUCCACCUGGACUGUAUUUAAAGACAAAGAACCCCGCAACGUCUCCAAAUGAGCCAGACAUACUCGAGAUUGAGUUCAAGAAAGGUGUCCCCGUGAAAGUCACCAACACCAAGGAAAAGACGCAGCACAGCUCCGCCCUGGGCCUGUUUUGUUAUCUCAACGAAGUGGCGGGAAAGCACGGCGUUGGGCGGAUAGAUAUCGUGGAAAACCGGUUCAUUGGAAUGAAGUCUCGAGGUAUCUACGAGACGCCGGCUGGGACCAUACUCUACCAGGCUCACUUAGACGUUGAGGCGUUUACCAUGGACCGCGAAGUGCGGAAAAUUAAGCAGCAUCUGUCACAAAGGUUUGCCGAGCAGAUCUACAAUGGGUUCUGGUACAGCCCGGAAUGUGAGUUUGUGCGCAGCUGUAUCACCAAAUCCCAGGAGAUGGUGGAAGGGAAGGUGCUGGUUUCUGUGCUGAAAGGCCAAGUGUAUGUGCUGGGCAGGGAGGCACCCCAUUCUCUGUACAACGAGGAGCUGGUCAGCAUGGAUGUUCAAGGGGAUUAUGACCCAGCUGACGCGUGCGGAUUUAUCAGGAUCAAUGCACUAAGGUUAAAAGAAUUUCACCGGCUUCAAAAGAGCAAGAAAAACUAAUAGACGAGCGAAGGCCACGAAUGGAUAGCAUAGCUGCGCAGAGAGCCGUGCACCCCGAUUCCCCAACAGUCACAUGACUGAUAAAGACCCCUUUGCGCAGUAGUGCAUCAGUCUUCACAAGCACAAAAAUCCCCUAGUGUUACAUUUCAUCCAUUGGAAAGAAAAAGGGGCUAAUCUACUAAACUAGGUGCUAAACUGCACCAGCACAGUUGCCGUUGGCAACCAGUAGGUUACGUUCAGUCUACUCACUAGCUUUAGGACCCCACCCAAAUCUUUAAGAAGAAGACCUAGUGAAACUGCUUAUGACUGCCUCAAAGCCCUUGUAUGGUCUUCUUCCCCUAGUGGUAGAUAAGGGUUACUGCACCGGUUAAAUUUAGCCCCAGUAUAUAAUAGAAUACUAUUUGUUGAAGCAAUAAAAUGUACUGUAUGUACUGGCA